AUGCUCCUUCUCCCGUCGGUUUUCCACCGCAUUAAGCACUCCCUUACGUGUCUUUUGAUGUGCCAGACUAACCAACUUCAACCGCUCGACCAAAUCCGGAUCUGCAAUGAACAGCCGCCCGUAGGCAACCAGGUCAGCAAUGAACGGGCCUCUUCGUCUGGGCUUCUGUUCUUGCCGGUCUUCUGUGCAGGUACGCGAGCCUCGAUCCUGUCUGAGUCCAUGACGUCAAGAUGGUCGAUUGCGGGCGACAUCCAGGCACCGACCCGGGCUGGCCCCAAGGCUGAGGUGGUAGCCGAGUUGAUCGGAACAUAUUUCGUGAUAUUCGCUGGAUGUGGCUCGGUGGCCAUCAACAAGAUCUACGGAGGGACCAUCACAUUCCCGGGCAUCUGCGUCGUGUGGGGUUCGAUCGUGAUGGUGAUGGUCUACACAGUGGGCCACGUCUCUGGGGCCCACUUCAACCCGGCCGUCACCAUCACAUUCGCCAUUUUUCGCCGCUUUCCUUGGAAGCAGCUUCCAAUGUACAUUGUAGCUCAACUGGUGGGAUCACUUCUUGCAAGCUUCACUUUAGCUUCGUUGUUCGACGUCACGAAAGAUGAUUACUUUGGCACGCUGCCCGUCGGGUCUAACGCACAAUCUCUUGCUAUAGAGAUCAUAAUCUCUUUCCUCUUGAUGUUCGUCAUAUCUGGAGUCGCUACUGAUAGCCGUGCGAUUGGGGAGCUGGGAGGACUUGCUGUUGGAAUGACCAUAAUGCUAAAUGUCUUCGUGGCCGGGCCAAUAUCUGGAGCAUCAAUGAACCCAGCAAGGAGCAUAGGCCCAGCAAUCGUAAAGCAUGAGUACAGAGGCCUAUGGGUUUAUAUAAUUGGCCCAGUAAUUGGAACCAUUGCUGGUGGAUUAGCAUAUAACAUAAUUAGAUUUACUGAUAAGCCCAUUAGCGAGAUAGCUAAGAGCCGAUCAUUUCUCAAAAACAACUCCAAGAGGUGA